AUGCAAGCUUCCAGAGUCCGCGUUCUCGGCCGAAGCCUCGUCGCGUCUCGGCCGUCCGUGGUCCCUCGCCUCGUUCUCCAGGCCAGCCGGUUCGCGUCCACGACCCCCGCCGCGGAGGGCGCAUCCGCGCCCCGUCCCCCGCCCAAGUCCUCCCUUUGGAAGCGUUUCCUCCAGCUCACCGGCGGCGUUACGCUCGUCACCCUCGCUGGCGGCGCGACGUUCUAUUACUUUGCCCAGAGGGACAAGGAACCCGGCACACAGCUCCCUCACGAUCCCUCCAAGAAGACCCUCGUUAUCUGCGGCAGCGGCUGGGGCGCCACCAGUCUCCUCAACUCCCUCGACACUGCCGACUACAACGUCAUCGUCGUGAGCCCAAAGAACUACUUCCUCUUCACCCCGCUCCUGCCCAGCGUCGCCGUGGGCACCCUCUCCCCCCGCUCGAUCCUGCAGCCCACCCGCUAUGUCACUCGCCACAAAAAGCGCCAGGUUACGGUGAUAGAGGCUUCGGCCACGGAUGUCGACCCCGCCAAGAAGACCAUCACAUUUGCUGAUACAUCCGAGAUUCAAGGCGAGGUCUCUACCACGACCAUUCCUUAUGAUUACCUCGUCUGGGCCGUCGGAGCUGAGGUCCAGACGUUCAACAUCCCCGGUGUCAGAGAACAUGCGUGUUUCAUGAAGGAGCUCGAGGAUGCAGAGAAGAUGCAGCGCCAAUUCUUGGACUGCAUGGAGUCCGCCGCUUUCCCUGGCCAGUCAUCUGAGGAGGUCAAGCGCCUACUUCACAUGGUGGUGGUCGGUGGUGGUCCCACUGGUAUCGAGCUGAGCGGUGAACUGCAUGAUUUCCUCGAGGAGGAUCUGCGUUCAUGGUAUCCUGAGCUCGCUGAGAGCGUGCGCAUCACCCUCGUUGAGGCGCUUCCCUCCGUCUUGCCCAUGUUCUCCAAGCAGCUGAUCGACUACACCGAGUCGACGUUCAAGGAAGCGAAGAUCGACAUCCUUACCAAGACGAUGGUCAAGGAGAUCAAGGAGAAGAGCGUCGUUCUCCAGAUGCCCGAUAAGUCGAUCGUCGAUGUUCCCUGUGGCCUCGUCGUCUGGGCUGCAGGCAAUACCCUUCGUAAGGUCACCCGUGACCUGAUGAGCAAGUUCCCCAGCCUGCAGGCCAACCGUCGUGGUAUCACUGUUGACGAGUGUAUGCGCAUGGCCGGCGCGAGCGACGGCAUCUUCGCGAUCGGCGACUGUACCGCGACGUCGUACGCACCGACCGCGCAAGUCGCCUCGCAGGAGGGCGCGUACCUCGCGCGCGUGUUCGCGCAGCUCGCGCGCCGCGAUGAGGCCGUUGCACGCAUCCAGGAACUUGAGGCUUCCGCAGAGCCCGAGGCUAAGGCGGAGCGGGACUCGCUCGCGAAGCGCCUGGCGAAGCUGGAGAAGAUCCGGCCGUUCAAGUACUCGCACCAGGGCUCGCUCGCGUACAUUGGCUCGGACAAGGCGAUCGCGGACCUGCCGUUCUUCAACGGAAACCUGGCCACGGGUGGUGUCGCGACGUUCCUCUUCUGGAGGAGUGCGUAUCUGAGCACGCUCUUCUCCCUCCGCAACCGGACGCUGGUUGCUACCGACUGGAUGAAGGUCAAGCUCUUCGGACGUGACGUGAGCCGCGAAUAG